AUGGGGGCAUCUCGGUCCAAGUCCAAACGCACCACAACGUACAACCGACUGGUCACGACCUACGGCCAUUGCUCUUCGGUAAUAGGAAGCACUAUUGGACAGCCUGGUUGGUACGAGUUCUUCGAUCUUCCGCUGCAGGGCGAGCCUGGAUAUGCAUCCAAAACCACCGAUGCCAUCGCGACAGCGAAUGGCAUCUACAGCGCUGGCGGAGCCAUAGGCACACUCUUCAUUAUCAUGUUCCAAGCCGGCCGUAUACUCGCGGGCAUCGGCAUCGGCAUUCUCGUCACCGUUUGUCCGAUGUACAUGGGAGAACUCUUGCCGCCCGAGAAGCGAGGGUGGCUCGUCGGCCACCAUCCCAUCUUCCUUGUCUUUGGGUACAUGCUGUCGGGCUGGCUCGGAUACGCAUGUUACUUUGCAACCGCCCGGAACCCUGAGUUUGCGUGGCGGUUCCCGCUGUUUAUGCAAUGUUUUGCACCUCUCAUCCUGCUGACCGCGUCUUUCUGGAUUCCCGAGUCGCCGCGCUGGUUACUCCAGAAGGGCAAGAUCGAAAAGGCUUGGAAGGUGGUGCAGAACCUCCGCAAGUCUGACGACGACCCCCACGACAUUGUCGCCCGGGAGGAGAUUUAUCAAGUACGCGAGCAGAUUGUGUUGGACGCGGCUAAACCCAAGGCCAUCGGCUGCACGCCGUGGACAGCUGUGAUCAAGAAGAAGAGCUAUCGGAAGCGCAUGGCCGUUGGCUUUCUGACACAAUGGGGUGCUGAAUUUGCUGGCCCGCUAAUCAUUACGGGAUGCAUGCCGCUGCUUCUCUCGGCGCUAUGGCUCACCACCGCCGGUGUCAUCUGCAAUCCUCUCGGCGCAUGGCUCCAUGAUAAGGUCAACUCGCGUCGCUGGAUGUUCAUCGUCGGUCUCUUUAGGUGCCUCAUAACGACCAGCGGUUUCGCCGCGUGCAUUGCAGAGUUUAGCGGCACGUUGAACCAAGCCGGCAACGCAGCCGGCGUCUUCUUGGUGUUUCUCUAUCUUGCCUUUCAAGGCGCACUUUGUGACACCACCAUGUACCUCUACGUCGCCGAGAUCUUCCCCACGGAGAUCCGCCCCAUCGGCAUGGGCUUCUCGCUUUUCGGUCAAUUCACGAGCACCAUUAUCCUGCUGCAGACGGCGCCAAUCGGUAUUGUCACUGUUGGGUGGAAAUAUUACCUUGUCAUCAUUGUCUGGUGCAUCUUCCUGAUCCCCAUGGUGUACCUUUUCUUUCCGGAGACGGCUAAACUCUCGCUGGAGGAGAUCUCGGCCCGUUUCGGCGACGACGUGGCCGUCAGGAUCACCGAUGUCUCGGACGACCAGCGGAAGGAGCUGGACGACUUCCUCAAGACGACCGAUGUCGUCCACAUGGAGGCGCGCGUGGAUGAAAAGAAGGCGAGAGUCGGCGACGAGGAUAUUACAACCAUGGCCUAG